AUGUCAAACCAACUCCUCGACCUGUCCUCAAAGGACGAACUCAUCAGCAGUCUCUUGACUGGGAACAAGCCUUCGGUCCCCAAGGGGACCCCUGUGGGCGAACGCAAGACAUUCAAAGUCGACAAAUCAGAUCUGUUGUCGAGGCUGGAAGACUUUUUGCCCAAGAUCAAGGAAGCCAACGUUCAGUUGGACCAACAAUUGAAGGCGGAUCCCAAGGCUGUCGAUAUCGAGAAUGUCGAUGAGGAGAAUGGCGAACAGUACAUCGAAAUGGACCUUGGACUGGGCGUGUUCGAUCUCAAGAAGGACGUGAAAGAAGAGGACAUUAUCAUUAAUCCAAGUGAACUGAAGAAGGCAGCAGAGGCGUCGGCACCAGCGAUCAAGAAACCAACAAUCGUCAUGAUGGACAUGAACAAGGAUCAGGACCAUAUGGACGAGGACUCUACUGACAGCAACCAGGAGGCGUCGGAAGGUUCGCACAAGGAGAACAAGAACAAAAUACCCGCUCACUCUUCCUCGUCUGAUGAGGACGUUGUCAUGUCAUCGUAA